UAUUAUCAUAGCCUUGGUCUUGUUGUUUUUUAUUUUAUUUUUCAUAUAUUAGAAAGUAUAUUCCUUUGAUGAACUCCUCAGAAUUCCACCAAAUUCCCAUCCUAAACAAUAUGUCCAAUUCAGAUCUGUUAUACGUCCAAGAUGAUCAUGAUGACGAUGAUGAUCAAAACGUCCCUUUGAGUUUUCUACACGAGUGUCGCGCCUCCCCGUCAGAUCGUGAAGAUGAUAAUUCUGAUUUUCGCCAUGAUCAGGAGUUUGAUGUCGAUCAAGAUGAUCAUGAUCAGGUAUAUGGUCAGCGUGAGGAACAAGAUUCUGAUGAUGAUGGUCAACAAGAAACUAUGAACAAAGAUCAAGCCAAGAUCAAGAAAGAAGAAAAAGAAGAAGUACUAGUUCUAAUUACUGAUCAUGGUGAGGAAAGUACUCGCAAAACAGCGUCAUCUUCUUUAAGAGAAUCGGAUGUCAAGGUGGAAGACGACGAAGACGACGGGUUCAAAACUCCGACGUCUUUGGAUCACAAAAUUCCUGUGAUACAGCAGUGUCCUUCGGCUCCGCGAAAACCUAAAGUUUCUUUUAAAAGAAAAGCAGCACCUCCGUCGAGUCGUACUGCUCGUAGAAGCCUGCAGCUUAAUUUUUCGGAACAAAUUGAGUCGAUGUUUCCCGAUUUGCAGUGCCUCCACAAGAGCAAGAAAGCUCGACGAGCUGAUCAUCAAGCUGAGUAAAUUUAAUUAUCUCUAUACAAUUUCAUAUAAUUUGUUGGAUUAAUUAACUACUAGCUAGU